CUGCUGAAAUGUUAGAAAAUGCUGAUUCUGGUGUAUUGGAUCCAUCUGUUAUUAAUGAUCCUGACUACAUGGAAGCUGUGGAAGAAAGAUCUCUUUCUCUUACAACUAAGCAAAAAGAUUUGCUAAAGGGAUACUUAUUGAAUUACAGGCAGUUCCUUCAUGGCUAUGGAAAGAGUUGUGUUGGAAGUGUUGGAUUAUCCACUGGGUUUAGUUUGGAGCUUGUUGACACAAUUAUUGCUCAUGCUAGUGAGCUGACAUCACUUGAUGAGGUAAAAGCUAAACUGCCAUUAUUUGAUGAUGACCAUGCUUCUGUAAUUUUUGAAAUUUUAAGGAGUAUCAAAAACACUUAA